UUCAUCAAAGUUUUAAAAUUGACUGUUUCUUGAUAGUGUUUCCCAACGAGGAGCUCAUUUACUUAGAACAUUAUUUUCUCCCUCGUUCCUCUCCCGGUUCUGGGAAGGUGGUAGAGCUCACCUCCGGUUUUCUAACUGUUGGAAAUCUCGCGAUGGACGGAGGAGGAGGAGGGACACACCCAGCAACACUUGAAAAAGAAAGGCUGUCAGAAUUUGUUCCAUCUACAAGUCUUGAAGCCAACAGAUUGAAGAAAAGCAGUUGGGGGGUCUUAUUUACUGGCAUUGUUGGGGGCACGCUGGUGGCCGUGUAUGCCGUGGCCACACCAUUUGUAACACCAGCCCUCCGAAGAAUUUGUUUGCCUUUUGUACCUGCAACUACGAAACAGAUUGAAAAUGUUGUGAAAAUGUUGCAAUGCAGGAGAGGACCCUUGGUGGACAUUGGUAGUGGUGACGGACGUAUUGUGAUCGCAGCUGCAAAGGAAGGCUUCACAGCUGUGGGCUAUGAGCUGAACCCCUGGCUUGUCUGGUACUCCAGGUACCGCGCUUGGCGGGAAGGGGUGCAGGCGUCGGCCAGGUUUUACAUCUCAGACUUGUGGAAGGUCACUUUUUCGCAGUACUCAAAUGUUGUUAUCUUUGGUGUGCCCCAGAUGAUGGCGCAGCUGGAGGAGAAGCUGGAGCUUGAACUCAAGGACGACGCGCGGGUCAUCGCUUGCCGGUUCCCCUUCCCGCGCUGGACCCCGGCGCAGGUCACGGGGGAGGGGCUGGACACGGUGUGGGCCUACGACGCGCGCUCUUUCAGGGGAAGAGAUGGGAGGCCCUGAAGACCCGGGCACUUCCCGUCGGUCAUUCCCGUACAGGCUCUACCCAGAGUUUUCUGAGGUGUUGGAGUCUUUGAUCUUCUAGACACUUAAGGCUGUGUCUUCAGCAAAGAUUAUGUUUUUCACCACUGUGGAAUGAGAAAUGACAAUUACUUUCCCUGACUUUGGUAGAAAAUAAGCAGAAGUUGAGGCCAGCAGGUAGAUGAAAAGCCCCUUUGCAUGGUGUGUGCUGACAGCACUUGGACGUGCGAAGAUUCGAGUAAGCUGUGCUCAUGCUGAUGGCUGGGAGAGACGUUAGCAGCUCUGCAGAUUGUAAAGGAUAUGAUUUGAUGCCACAGAUGACAAGAAAUAAUUUUUAAAGAGGGAAUGUAUUGUAAAUGCUUGCUGUUUCCUAUAACUUUAUUCAUACUUUAGAUUUAUCACUUUUUUUUUCUUUCUGUACUUCAGGACAAGAUUAAUUUUCUAAAGGUUUAGAGAAGUGUUAUAUUUUAUAACACUUUUUUUGGAAUAACUUGUUCCAAGGCUAUUGGAUUACUAUAUUUUGUCAAUCUUAGAUGUGUGUGUGUGUGUAAAUCUGUGUACAUACAUGCACAUUUUAACAUUUCUGAAUUGUGACAUACCUUCCAGUUGAUGGUGUUUUGUAACCUAAUUGGCAGUGUGGUAUUGCACGGCACAAUUGUAUGUCAGCCACUGUUGGCAGAGUCUCAGAUUGAUGAGCUGUGGUAUUCAGAGAAGAUACAUGCUGUGGUGGAAUAGCUGGUGUUGAUUUGAUAGUGAAGUAAACCAUCCUGAGCUUUGGUGCAAGGCAGACCUGGGUUCAGAGCCCCACUUCAGCAGCAGCAGGGCCUUGAGAUCGCUGUUGUUGGGGUGGUGAUGUGCUGAACAUGGCACUGGGGUCUGACCUGUAGAACUCUCAGCACGGAGUCUGAGGCCUGUAAGUGGUGUUUAUUAUUUCAGACACUAAAGAGAAGCUUGUUAACAGAAGCUGCAGAUUAUUUCUGCUAGUCACCUCUUUAUUUUAUGAAAGCCGCCAUUUAUUUAAUAUUUCUCAUUUGUGAGAAGAGACUUAACUGAUUUAGAUAAAGACACAUCAAGAAAACCUUUGAAUGUUAGUAGAUAGACUUCAGAUAUCUGAAAAAUGAAUAUUGACUGGUGGCUCGCACAAUCCCCGUGUAUCACAGAAAGGAAUUAAACUCCUAGUAAUACAUCUGAAACCUGAACACCAAACCAUCUUGAGAGGUUUGAUAAAAUGAGAUGGUUUGCAUUUUUAACUAAACUGAUACAAAUACGAUCAGUUUGAUAAUCUUCAUUUUCAUGAGCAGCAAGUGGAGACUCAUUCAUUCAACAAAUGCUUAUUGACUGUCUACUGCGUAAUAAACUUUUCUGAUUCAGUGGUCGGUGACGUGCAAGUCCCCAGAUCUUACGGGGUUUAUGUUCUAGAAGAGAGACAAACAGGUGAGUGAAUGUUACCGUGUGUGAAUUCUCCGUAAGACAUAAGCAGUGUGAUGGUAUAACAAGAAGCGAGUGUGUCUGGGGUGAGGGGGUGGGAUAUUGUGGACGUUUGUCAGAGCGUACGGCAGAGUAUGCAGAGCAUACGUCAGGAGUCUCCUUAAGUCUCGACAGGCGGACAGACCAGAAGCACACCCCUUGGUUGUGUGGCGUGUCUUGUCCCCCACUGGGGCCGUAGCGUGGUGUUUGUUGCUCAGUUGCUAAGUCCUGCCUGACUCUAGCCUGCCAGGCUCCUCUGUCCGUGGGAUUUCCCAGGCAAGAAUACUGGAGUGGACUGCCAUUUCCUCCUCCAGGGGUCUUUCUGACCCAGGGAUCAAACUGUGUCUCCUGCAUUGGCAGGCAGAUCCUUCACCGCUGAGCCACCCGGGAAGCCCUCAGGAUACCUUGUUAAGUGAUAAACCCAUGUUGUUCUUAAGCUGCUUUCGCGCGGGUGCUGUGUUAUUUGCAACCUCAGCAGUCUGAUGGAGACAGGAGGGGUGAGGCUGUACCUAGAGGGGGAGCGCCUGCUGGCAAGGUUGGAAGGUGUGUCUGGAAUGUCCCAGAGGGAUGACGAGCCCCCAGAAACUCCCACCCAUUCCCAAGUGGUGUUUAGGAAUCGUACCAAGUCACGGGGUCAGUGACCCUGGACCCGGCCUUCACAGCCGACAUCCCAUGAGAGCGUCCUAUUGGGGAUGUGGGCAGCAGAGCCUCUCCUGUAUCCCUGCCACCGGGGAGUUCUGUUGGGGGAGAGAUGAGUUCUCAGGCUUGGAAAGGACUUGGGGAAAGGAGGGAAAGAACUCACCUUGGACUGCCCUUCUUGGCAGGUAGAGGAGCUAUUUUAUGGGCUGCAUGUCUGUUUCCUGUGUUGAAAUCCUAACCUCCCCAGUGUGUUGGUAUCAGGAAGGGGGACCUUGGCUUUAGGUCUUGAGGGUGGGUUCAUGCCCUGAUGAAAGAGACCCCAGAGUGCUCCCUCGCCCCGUCCACCACAGAAGGUCACAGCGGGAAGAGAACCCCCACCAGACCCUGUGUCAGCCAGCACCUUGAUCCUGGACUCCCCAGCCUCCGGGACAGUGAGGGGGUAGAUGCUUGGUGUUCCAGCCCCUUACUGUGGCAUCCGUCAGAGCGGCCUGAUCUGACUGAGACCAGCCGGUGCUGAGAAGAGCCGUGCCAGCCAUACCUAGACCCAUCUGGGCUCCAGCCAACAUUUCCUUAGCCCCGGCGAGGAAGGGAAGUGAGAGGGAGCCUGGCUUCAAGAGGACUCUCCUGGGAACCCGCCGGGAAGGGCGGGAAACCAGCCCACUGCGCUGAAGGGCAGGGCUGAGUAAGCUCCCGGUGGUUGGAAACUGUGGGUGGACGCUCUGCGUGAAGGCGGCCUCCCUGGCCGGGGUCUUCUCUCUGGAUCUCCCCUCCUGACGCUCAUGGGGGAAGCUUUGAACACAGUUUGUCCCUGGACUAAUGUGGGUGAUAGAAAGAACUGGGAAUAGAAAAAGGAACAGAAGAAACUGCUCUGAUAAGCAGAGUGAAUUCUGGAUGGUAUAGGGUCUUGAAAACACAUCCGAAGAGGGGUCGUUCUAGAGGUGGUGAUGUGGGCGUCCCUGAUGGCUCAGUGAUAAAGAAUCCGCCUGCCAGUGCAGGAGACACGGGUUUGAUCCGUGGCCCGGGAGGAUCCCACAUGCCAAGGGGCAGCUAAGUCUGUGUCACAGCUGCGGAGUCCAUGUGCCAAGACCAUGAGCCUGCGUGCCUGGGGCCUGUGAGCCACAGGAGAAACUACCUCUGAGAAAGCUGCACACCCCAACUGGGGAGGAGGCCGUAACUAGAGAAAGCCCACACACAGCAACGAAGACCCAGUGCAGCCAAAAAAUAAGUAGAUUUAUAUUAAAAAUAGGAGGCUGUGGUAUUUACCUUGGAUGAGAGAUGGUUCGGAGGAAAGAUCUUUCAAAGUUUGCAGGGUUGCCAAGCAGCAGCAGAAAGGAAAGUGACAACACGCCCAUGCGGUUUCCAUGUGCUGGAAGUGUCGUGCUCUCGUCUUCAGGGAGGUGGCGUUGUAUUUAUUUUUCCUUUUUAGCCACGGGGGUGUGUGUGUGUGUGUGUGUGAUCAUUAACUUGCUCAGUUACAAACUGCUCUGGUGUGUGUGUAUGUGUGUUUAUGUGUAUGUAUGUGUGUUAUCAUUAACUUGCUCAGUUAUAAACUGCUCCGGUGUGUGUAUGUAUGUGUGCAUAUGUGUGUAUGUAUGUGUGCACACGUGUGCAUGUAUGUAUGUGUGCGUGUGUGUAUAUGUGUGUGUGAGUAUUCAUUAACUUGCUCAGUUACAACCUGCCCCAGUGUGUGUGUGCAUGUGCGUGUGUGUGUGAUCAUUAACCUGCUCAGUUACAGACUGCCCUGGUGUGUGUGUAUGUAUAUGUGUGUGAUCAUUAACUUGCUCAGUUACAACCCGCCUCGGGAGCCCAGGGUCUUACUACGGUCGGCUGCUUCUCUGCAGUUCGACCUGUUCCGUGGCUCCGAGGUGUGAACUGGGGUCAUCAGGUGGGAGCCGAACAGGUGUGACGUUCACGCUCAGGAUGAAGUCCUUUCAGUACCUGGUGAGUCGCUGGUCCCUAGAGAUGCUGGAGCCGAGGCAGGCCGGCCACCAGGUGGAGAUGUUGCAGAAGAAAUCCGUCCUCCAGCAGACUUGAGUGCUGAGACGACCUGGGCUGAUGAUGAGUUCCCCAGGUCUGACGGGGCCGCCUGCAUCCUGUCUGCCAGCCUCCGGGGGUCUGGGCGGCAUCGAGACAGGCUUCAGCCAUGAAGGCGAGUCACACAACUCCACAGAACUCAGCACCCCAAACACAACUACUUCGGGAUGUACUAACAAAGUGGUUGAAGGGUUGGGGUGCAGAUGGGUGAAGAGAAACACACUGGGGUCUCCAGCUAGGAAGCGUGCAGGACCAGAGAAGGAGGUUGGAAUCUAUAACCCAUCAAGGGCUCAGCUGGAGAGAACGUGGUUGAGUUCACUGGGCACUGCGUAACCCGGGGGAAUGUUUCUGAAGCCUCUGGUGGAAACAGGUCACUGAUGACCCCUCAACCCCUUCUGAUACUGCCUGACCUGGGACCUUGACCCAGGAGCAGCCUUCUGAAGACCAGGAACCCCCUGACCCUUCCCCAGCUUGUCUGACCAGGGUUGGCAUCUGGAACGGCUGGCUGGUAGACGAGCUGAGCUGUGCGGUUUUGUGUUGAGAAUUUUAAUUGGGGGACAGGAGGACUGGGGACCGCCAAGUGGGAGUUCAGGUCAGGAAGCUGAGGCCAGAGGACCUAAAGACGAGGCAGGCUUCUCUCUGGUCAAGGGCUCAGUGCAGGGGACUGGCCAUGGUCCUGGAGGGUGGGGGGCGGUGGGAGCUCCUGCCAGAUGCCUACCCUCAACCACUGGCCGCCGGGUGGCUGGAGGAGCUGUCACUGUCCCUGGGAUGUCCCAGCUCCCUCAUUGGAUUCAGCUGAGUGUUGGUUCCUUGAAUAACUCCAUUUAGGAACGGGGUUAUUUUGUGACGAUUGAAAAUACCACUUGUCAUAGUGGGUAUUAAACACAAGGAAAUAAUCUUCCCCCAAGAUGUUGCAAGUUGUAUCGUUGUCCUUUAGUCGUUACCGCGUGUCCGACUCUUUUGCAACCCGUGGACUGUAGCCCCCCAGGCUCCUCUGUCCAUGGGAUUCUCCAGGCAAGAAUACUCGAGUGGGUUGCCAUUUCCUUCUCCAGGGGGUCUUCCCGACCCAGGGAUUGAACCAACGUGUUCUGCAUUGGCGGGAGAGUUCUUUACUGCUGACCCACCAGGGAAUCCCACAAACUAUAAACUUACUUGGAAGAAGUGGAUAUUUGUAUAAACAUAAGAAAAUUUCCAUCUAAGUAACACAAUAUAGCUCAGGUGGAAAACUUCAGUGGCCUGGGAUCCUUUUGGACAGGACUCCGUCUCCCUUUAGAGGGGAGUGUUCCUGUAAAAACACCAAGUUAUGAUUGUAUUGGAAUUGUCCCACUUGUGACCCUGUGGACUGAUGCAAAUUGAAUGUGAACAACAAAAAAAAUCCCAUUGCAUUUUCUAGGUGAGGGGGAUUAGAUGUCUUUUUCUAACUUAAUAUUAUGGUGGUGAACGUUAUCUGAGAAGAAAGGAUAAAACAGUAGCUCGUCAAUCACUAGCUUUAAUUCAAGGAUGCGAGGGAGGAAUCAAGUGAUUUUUCUUCUCUGUAAUAUUGUAGAAUGAGCAAUUGGGCAGCCGAAUUACUUUUCCUAAGAAUGAAUGCAAACGUCAGAUGAUUUCCCCAAAAACUCCAUCUGCAUCCCACACUUGGUGGAUGCAUUCGCGUGGUGAGAUCUCGUAGGGUUUGCUAUAAAUACAGCUUUGCUGUGUUGUCCAUGCAGAGCAUGACAGCUGAAGAAGGGACAGUGCAUCACAGGACAUUAGGCGAAAGGCCAAUACCGAGUAGCUGACAGUCAGCAAAAUCGUGAGGCGCGUGAGGCUGAUGGCUCGCGGUCUUCCCUUUACCUCCCCCCGUGCUGACCUUGUCCUAGGCUCUAAUCCUUUACUCUUUGAAAGAACAUAAUGUACUCAAAAUUUUUAUUUAUUUUCAAGUGGACCAUUUUAAAGUCUUUAUUGAAUUUGUUACAGUAUUGCUCCUGUUUUACAUUUUGGUUUUUUGGCUGUGAGGUAUGUGGGGUCUUAACUCGACAACCAGGGAUUGAAUCCACACUCCCUGCAUUGGAUGGCGAAGUCGUCACCCCUGAACCUCCAGGCAAAUCUCUGCCCCCCACCCCUUUUUUGCACAUUUCUUCGCACUUAAAAUUUCUUUCUUUUUUAAAUAAUUGAAGUAUAGUUGGUUUACAAUGUUUUAGUUUCAGUACAGCAAACUGAUGCAGUUAUACAUGCAUAUAUAUAUUUUCAAAUUCUUUUCCUUUAUAGGUUAUUGCAAAAUACUGAGUAUAAUUCCCUGUGUAACACAGUGGGUUCUUGUUGUUUGUUUAUUUUAUAUAAAGUACUGUGUUAAUCCCAAGCCCUAACUUACCCAUACCCCUCAUCGCUUAACCCCCUUUUUUUUUCUCGCAUCUCUGCUUUUAAGUGUUAUAUUUUCAAAGAUACUUGUAUUUUGUUAAGGAGAGUGUUAAUAUAAAUUUGAAUUUUAGUAAGGCUGAAAGAGAUGAAUUUGUAAUGGAGACGUGUCAGAUUGCUUGCUUCCACCUGCCCUUACCCCGGUCUAACCUAAACUACUCAGUUGGUGCGUUCGUGCAACUUGGAAACCAGAGCAUCCACAGAAAGAAUCACUGCUACCUGGGGAGACCGUGCAACUUGGAAACCAGAGCAUCCACAGAAAGAAUCACUGCUACCUGGGGAGACUCCCAGGGCUGCCCAGACUGGCAGCUCAGUGGCGCUGGAGACUGCCCGGGAGAGAGUCAUUUAUACAAACAGCCUGGGAAUGCUGCUCUGGGGGAACCGCAUAGCCACGAUGAGCCCCCGAGGGCCUCCACUAACCAUUGGAGCCUGGGACAGCGCGAGCCCCGGGUCACUGCAGACGCUGCUGUUACAAUUUCUUGAAAUACAACAGGAAGGACUCCAGGUUGAGAGCCACGUCCCUUCCAGCCGAAGCUUCCAGUUCUACUCUGAUUAUUCAAAGCUAAGCUCCCCUUGCAGGAAAAUCCGAUAUGAGCCAGCAUGACUUCCAGUCAUGCCCUCCCCUCUGCACCCGUGGUCCGCCGGCCGACUGGUGUUAGAGCAACAGGGACUGCUGCAGCGCGGAGUGUUGCCAGGUGUAACCAACAAGAGGCGGACGGCAGGUUUGUUUCUAUUCAUGUCAUCAUGGGGCAUUCACGCACCCCCACAUGCCUUCUUGCUCCAACACACACUCAGACACACUCAUGCAUAUCCUACCUGAAGUAAACUAUGAAUAUAUGAGAAACUGGUAGUAGCUUUUGAGUCUCAGGAGGGUGGGUGGCGUUUGGAACUUGAUGUAUGAGGAAGACAUCUUUCGUUACAUAUUUUAAAAUACAUAUAUAUGUUUGCGUUUUACCAUACAUAUAACUUUUUAAUGAAAAGUUAAAUUUUACAAGUUCAUACACAUAGAUUAGCUCUGAUUCACAUGCCAGACACCACUUUUUAGAGCUCAUUGGAGAGAGAACGGCUCAGCAGUGUGGGACUGAAGUGUGCUGGGCUGUUGCAAGACUCCUCUCUCCACGGGAUUCUCCAGGCAAGAAUACUGGAGUGGGUUGCCAUUUUCUUCUCCAGGGGAUCUUCCCAACCCAGGGAUCGAACCCCUGGUCUCCUUCAUCUCCUGCAUUGGCAGGCGUAUUCUUUGCCACUGAGCCAGCUGGGAAGCCCAUGCUGGUAAAUAAGAGCAGAAAAUUGGAGAACUGGACCUCCCAGGGCAAGUCUGCUGGUUGUCAGAGGCAAGCUUUUGUGACGAUGGAGAACUCACUCUCAGUGGUUUGUGUUGGUUACAUCCUGUUUGUGAGGUUUUUUUUUCAUCUUCAGGUUUUUCCUUCUUUCCUCCCUGUUAUAUGUCUUUAUCAUAAAAUUGAAAGCGAGAAACAUACGAUUUGUGAGAUUUUAGGUCAGCAGUCCCCAAAACUAGACACGAAGACAGGAGGCGGGUGGGCGAGGCGGUGGACUCAGUGGGCGAGGAGGAGAGCGGGCAGGCCUGGGCAGAGCCUCCCUCUGCUGGACCAGCCCUCCCCUUCCUCCCCGCCCCUCCUGGCCACUGUAGGUCGCGUCCAGCCCCUCCUCUCCCCUUCAUUCUCGUUGUCCUUUCCCGCUGCCUCUGGGAGAUGGCUGCUAACUCCCAGAACAGGUCAUGCCCAACUGGCCUUGUCGCUUUCUCUUUUGUACCAUCUGAAAAAGGGACAUCCUGGGUAGAUUAGCAAGUGUCACACACGAACAGUGCUGAAUGGAACGUUUAGGUUAUUGAUUCUAAGUGACUGUAAGUCCUGUCUGAAGCAUUUCCUCUGUGUCUAGGGAGCCCUGAGGGCAUGAUCCCCAGGGCUGGAGGUUCGCUCCCAGCCCUUCAGGGAGCCCCAUUUACCAUGGACACCCCUGUUAGAAAUGCCUUCCGUAAGCCUGGCUGAAACCUGGCUCCCGGGCAUGUCCCACGCACUGGUCUAAUUUUACGCCCUGGGGACCACCCUGAUCAUAUCUAGGGCUUCCUCCAUGGGUUAGAGCUUCAAAGAUUUGAAGGAUUGUCUCCUGUUCCCAGUUUAUCCUCUAUUCUCAUAGGUCUUGGUAAAAAUUAACUUCCCUGGGCUGGUUACUGCCCUCUUAAGAAGCUAGAUUCGGUGUGAUCUUUCUGAAGUGUGGCUACUGGACCCAGACAUGGCCCCCGGCAUGGCCGGAUCAGCGCAGAAAACAGGCUCCUUCCUUAUCUUCAAAUUAGCUGAACAUGUGACACUGUCACUCAUGUGGACUUUUUAGUUUUGCUCGUUAGUCAUGAUCUGUCCCCAGUUACACAAACCACAUUCAUGGGGUUUAAAAUUUUUUAAAAAAAAUUUAAUUAGAGGAUACAUUACUUCAUGACUUAGGGAACCCAAAGCCAGUGCUCUGUGACAACUUGGAGGGAUGCUGUGGGGAGGGAGGUGGGAGGGGGCUUCAGGAGGGAGGGGACACUUGUAUACCUAUGGCCGAUUUACGUUGAUGUAUGGGAUUUUUUUGUGUGUGUGUGACCCAAGUGGGGUUUCGUUUGUGAAGCCAAUGAAUAACCUUAGAUACAUUCCGAAAUCUUUUAUCGAGUUUGAUUUGCCCGCCUGCCAGGGGUUUGAAGGGACCGCUGGACCCUCAUCUCCGCAUCCGUCCUCUGGUUGCCGACAGCCAAUCCAUCAGCGUUCGCAUCCGCCCUGGGGGAAGGGCGCGGGCAGAGCCUCCCAGUGAGGCAGAACCCUGAAGCCUCCCCUCCCGGAACCCGCGGCCCCUCCACCUGGGCUCCGUCGCUGUGCCCCAGCUGGGAGGGCAGUCCGGGCAUAUCGUCGGUGGUUGGUCCAUAUAUAUUUGUGGAAUAAAUGGGCAAAUGAAGGGUGUCAGGGGAGGCUGGGCUCCUGGCCCCUCUGUCUUACCGAAGUGCUCUGUUUUCCUUUAUCCCAGUGGUGUUGGCUUCCUGGAUAAAAAUGAAAACUUGCUACCCUGCCAGGGUUCAUUCCUAGCCAUCCACAUUGUCUCCUGUAGUCUCUACUGUGUUUUUUUGUGUGUGUGUGUUUUUUACAUUUUUUUCUUUUAUUAUGUACUAUCUCACAUUUUUCUUUAAGAAAAAACAGGUUUCCCGAGGUCUAGUAGAUAUUCAACCCUCUCCCCCCAGACAAAGCGCAGGACAUACUUGAUGUACACAGUUUGAUGAGUUUGGACAUGUGCACAUACCUGUGGAACCAUCACAGUCAAGGUAGUAAACAUAUCCAUCACCUCCAAGGCUUGUUUCUGGUUCUUCUGUAUUGUGUAGUUGUUGUUUUGGUGGGAAGAGCACUUACCGUGACGUCUACCCUCCUAACGGACUGUGACGCAUACAGUACUGAAUUGUUCACCCUAAGCACUGUUUUGGGCAGUAGACUUCUAGAAUUGACUCAUCCUGUACAACUGAGACUUUAUACCCAUUGAAGGUGAAGGUCUCCCCUUCACCUCUCCAUCAAGCUCUUGGCAACCCCCACUCUACUCUCUGCUUCUGGGAGUCUGCAUCUUUUAAAUUUCCUACGAAAGUCCAAUCAUGAAAUAUCUGUCUUUCUGUGCUGCAACAGUGUCCUCCAGAUUCAUCCAUGCACUCACACACGGCAGGGAUCUCUGCUUCCUUUCUGCUGGGGUGCAUAAACCUCCGCCCAACUCUUUUCUGAGGUCUAGCUCUUGUCAGUCUACAGUUUCCAGAAUCGACCUUCCUCCUCUUUUCAGGACUAAUAUCUGCCACUGCCAGGAGAUAGCCAUCUCUCUCCUGUCGUACACAAUUUCUCCAAUAUCCCCAGGGAUAAAGUCAUUUCUGGACAAUAUUUUAUUCUAACAUGGAUUCAUUAAGAGCCGUUAACUCACCCGGCUGUCUCUCUGUAUAUUAAAAAAGCCCAAGUUGGAUUACAUUUUGCUAUCCAUUCUGAUUUUUAAAACUUUUUCUUUUUGCGUUUAUAUAUAAACUAUAUAUAGUUUGAUGACUAUAGAAUUCUCACAGUGCUGGUUUCUUUCUGAGUAAAUGAGUCUAAAUUUGAAAUUUCUAAUGAAAAAUUUUUCUUAGUAUAAUCGCUAAUUGAGAUAAGCUUUACCCCUAUGAACAAUUUUUCAUUUAUAGUGUCUCAGUGCAGAAAUCUUAAGUAUUUGGGGAGUGGUGGAUUCCAAAAUAAAACAAUGGAUUUCACAUUUACCACAUGAUUCUGCUUGUAUUUACAAUUUACAAAUCACUUUCUGGGUAGUGGACUUCCCAGGUGGUGCUAUUCCAGGUAAUAAUUUUUUUUUUUUUAAUCUCUUUUCUUUCUUCCCUUGGACCCUCACCUUCAUCUUACUUUUUGUCUUGUCUCUUGCAUCUUGGAACCUGGCAUUUGCUGUGUCCUCUUUCUGUUCUUGAAGGGGUCUUUUCCUUCCACAUUUUAAUGUUUCCACAUACAGUUUUUGAUCUCGAAAUUCACGCUGUAACGAAGUCUCUUGAUGUUUUGUUUUGUUCGCAUUUAACUAGGUGUCAUCUUGUUUCUUCCUGUUUUAUUUCGUAGCCUGUCUGCUGACGCAGCAUCACUUUUGUUUCCAGUAAAUGAAAGGAAAACAUUUCCACCCACUUAGUAGUUAGGCAGAGAGAAGGAAAAAAGCCUGAGUGCUCAGCAGUUCUCUGAGAUAAGUACGCGGUGGAUUUACAUUUUAUUCUGUUUCACUCUUUGGUUCAUAGGUCAGUGUUUUUUGUCUUCAGUAGUUUGGUGAUUGUCUGUUAAGGAUUUUACCUGAUGCUUUUUAAGACAUCGAUUUUGAUCCUAUUUAAGAAGAGUUUCCAUUAAAACAGAAAGUUCUGAUUUUUUUUCAAGCAUAAUUACUUUGCUAAAGAAUGCAAUGGAUUAUGUUUAGAGCAAUAGGAACAAACAAAUAUUUCAAAUUAUCCAUAUGACUAUUGGUCAAAUCUUACAAACUGCUAAGCAAACAUGCAAAUAAUUCAGAUGGACUGUGAUGAAUUCUGCCCCAGAAGAAAUGAACUAUUGCUAGAAAUAAGACAAGGAAGAGGAUUUUACUGCUUGAUUUGUAUGUGAAGGGAAAUGAUGAAGGAUGGUGAUUUGCUAUUUACAAUUUUUCCCCCACAGCAGGAGAAAGUUUCAAAGUGGAUUUGAUAUGUGUUUUUUUUUUUUUCCUUUCAGUUUUCAAUCCUUUGUUCAGAAAAACCAAUAUUCUGGCCUAAGGAAAUAGAAAUAACUUCCAAGGGCAGGCCAAUAAUGAUACCAUAUAAAAGAACCGUUUAGAAUGUUUUGACCUAAUGUUUUAAGGUAUUAAUGGUAAAAUAUUAAAGCUAUACACAUAAAAAUUUGCAGUAUAAUUUACAGAAAAAGAAAAGACUUUUUAGUUUACAGGGCUGUUAGUUUUGACAAAUACAUGAGGGUCACAUAAUUACCACACAAUGAGAUAUAGAAUAAUCCCAGUAUCCACAAAAUUCCAUUGUGCCUCUCUGUGGUCAGACCCUCUCCCAACCCCUGCUUCCUGGCAGCCACUCAUCUACUUCCUGUCCCUCUAUUUUCCACAAUAUCCUAUAGAUGGAGUCUUAUAGGACGUAAGGGCUUCCCAGUUGGCGCUAGUGGUAAAGAGUCCACCUGCCAAUGCCGGAGACACAAACGACGUGGGUUCGAUCUGUGGGUUUGAUCCCUGGGUUGGGAAGAUCCCCUGGAGCAGGAAGUGGCAACCCACUCCAGUAUUCUUGCCUGGAGAAUCCCAUGGACAGAGGAGCCUGGUGGACUACAGUCCUUGGGGCCAUAAAGAGUGGGAUACAACUGAGCGACUGAACACAUACAGAAUGUAAACCUUUGAGUCUGGCUACUUUAACUUAGCAUUAUGCAUUUGAGAUUCAUCUGUGUCGUGUGUUUAUUAAUCUUUAUUGCUGAGUAGGGAUCUGUUGUAUGGGAUGCAUCUGAUUUUAUCAUUCCCCAGUAGAGAAACAUUUGGAUUUUUUUUGCAGUUCUUGAUGAUUAUGAAUAAAGUCACUGUAAACAUU